UCCCAGCGGAUACCCAGAAGGGUAACAAUUAUGAAACUGAAACGCAUAUUUUGGGGUAAUUUUGAGGUUAUCUCUUAACCACAAGUUAACUUUACCUUGUGAAACCGGCCGUUAAAAAUGUAAAAAGUUCGCAGUAGGCAACCCAAAUUACACGGCGCAAAGUAGUGGGUCAGGGUCUAGAAUCAAGUUAACCUAAGUUUUUUAAUCCUAAAAUUUGUAAACAAAAAUAAUACAAGAGUAAUAUUCAUAUUAUUCAGCAUCAAAUAAAAAUAUGAGUUUACCUACUGAUUUUGGACCUGAUUCAGGCGGUAGAAUGAAGGGUAUUUGUAUAGUGAAACCUCUUGUGUAUGGUAAUAUAGCGAGAUAUUUUGGAAAAAAACGGGAGGAAGAUGGACAUACUCACCAAUGGACAGUUUAUGUAAAGCCUUAUAAUAAUGAAGAUAUGUCGACCUACAUAAAAAAGGUCCAAUUUAAAUUGCAUGAGAGUUAUGCAAACCAAAACAGAAUAGUUGUUAAACCACCCUACGAAUUGAGUGAAACUGGUUGGGGGGAGUUUGAAAUUGUUAUAAAGAUAUAUUUCCAUGAUCCAAAUGAAAGACCUGUUACAAUGUAUCACAUUCUAAAAUUGUUUCAUUCAGGUAAUACGCAAGACAUAGGUAUAGAACAAAGUAAAGGUUUGGUGUCAGAAAGCUACGAUGAGAUUAUUUUUCAAGAUCCUACACAACUCAUGCACCAUUUAUUGACAAAUGUAAAACACUUACCUGUAGGUCGAUGGGACCAUAAUACCAACUUUGAGGAGAAAAAAGAAAAAACGCUGAAAUCGAUUUUGGAAGCUAAACAAAAAAUUAGAAACGAAAUUUUGAAUUUGAAGAACAAACUGAAGUUGGCAAAAGAAACAAUUUCCUCUUUUAAAGAGGAAAUAGCGAAAUCUCAAGACAAUCAGUUUGUAAUGUAGUAUUAGUAUAAAAUUUGUAUAUGUAAAUUUAAUUAUUUUAAAUAAAUAUUUGUAUGCCUUUCUUAAAAAAAA